CGAAUAUGAAAUUUUACCUACUUUCUAUGGCGAAGACACCCGGAGGGGAUUUACGGAUCAUUUACAUCAUGAUUUAAAACGGAAAGGCAUUCUGGUCUUUAGGGAUGACGAAACACUCAAGCAUGGAGAAGACAUUUCUGAAGCGCUUCUGAAAGCAAUUCAAAAAUCACAAUACGCCAUCGUCAUUCUUUCGGCAAAUUAUGCUUCUUCCAAAUGUGCCUCAUGAGGGAACUUGCUGAGAUCGUUAGAUGGGAGAAAAAGACGAAGCUGAUCACAAUUAUUCCUAUUUUCUACCAUGUGGAUCCUUCAAACGUAAGAAAUCAAAGAGGGACUUUUGCAGAAGCUUUUGCCAAACAUGAAAAAGAUCCCAAGGUAGACAUCAAAGAGAUUGAUAUGUGGAGAAAUGCUUUCAGAAAAGUCAGCAAUUUUGUAGGAGAGCACAUACAUGACAGGUACAAAUCAACAAUUAUACAAGAUAUCAGCAGACGUAUAUCUCGUGAGUUGAAUUCUAGAUUCUCACAUCUUGAUUACAAUAAACUUGUUGCAAUAGACUCCCAAGUAGACAAAAUGAUGAAGUUAUUGGAUAUGGAAUCGAACAAUGUUCGCUUUGUAGGAAUUCAUGGGAUGGGUGGCGUUGGUAAGAAAACGCUAGCCCAAAUAAUUUAUGAUCGAGUUUCUAAUUCUAAUUGUCGAUUUGAAGGAAGCAGCUUUAUUUCUCGUAUUAGAGAAAACUCUACUAUUGCUCGUGAUCUAGCUUCUUUACAAAAAGAACUCAUUUUUGCAAUCAUGCAAGAGAAAAUAGAUGGAGGGGAGUGGAAAUGGUUUGGUCCAGGGAGUAGGGUGAUUAUAACAUGCAGAGAUAGUCAUCUGUUGAGAACACAUGGAGUGAAUGAUAUCUAUAAGGUUGAGCAGCUUGGAAUAGAAAAAGCUUUGCAACUCUUUAGUUUGUCAGCGUUCAAGAAAACCCAUCCUACAGAGAAUUACAUGGAUCUAUUUAAGCAUUUUGUGAAGUCUGCUGAAGGCCUUCCUUUAGCUCUUAAAGUUUUGGGUUCCUUCUUAUUUGGGAGAACAAUGGAUGCAUGGGAAAGUGAGAGAGAAAAACUAAAAGCAAUUCUUAAUCCAAAAAUUAUGGAUGUACUUCAAAUAAGUUUUAAUGGGCUGCAGGAAUUGCAAAAAGAGUUAUUUUUGGAUAUGGUGUGUUUCUUCGGAGGACGGGACAUAUUUUCUAACAUGUUAUUAGAAAGAUUUGGUCAUUAUUGCAUCGACCUUGAUGUUCUCGUUGAGAGGUCCCUCGUAAGCAAAACAUAUCAGGGAACGUUGAUCAUGCAUGAUUUGCUAAAAGAACUGGGCAAGGAAAUAGUUCGCCGCGAAUGCCCUGAAGAACCUGGACGACGUAGUAGACUAUUUUGUCAUGAGGAUGUCUUUAACGUACUGAAGAAUGAUACUGGAACUGAUGCAACUAAAGCCAUAGUCGUGGAUUUUUGUCCUGAAACGAAAGAUCAGAGACUCAACGCCAAAGCAUUGUCAAAGAUGAGAAAAUUGAGAUACUUUGAAAUCCAUCAUUCUCGAACUUUAAAAUGGCGUAGAAAUCCUUUAAAAUACCUGCCAACCAUUGAGUUGCGAUACCUAGAGUUGCCUGGAUAUUAUUUGAAAUCCUUUCCGAGCAGUUUCCAACUUGGAAAUCUUACUGUACUAAGGAUGCCUUUUAGCCGUAUGAAACAACUAUGGAAGGGGUCGAUGGUUUUACCCAAUUUGAAGUUCUUUGAUCUUGAUAUUCAAAGAACUUGAUUGAAACACCAGAUUUGACUGGAGUCCCAAAUCUUAAGAGAAUAUACCUUUCAGGUUGUCGAAGCUUGUGUGAGGUCCACCCAUCCAUUGGAAGUCUCAAAAAAUUAAAAGCAUUGGGACUUGACGAAUGUUCAAGCCUUGAGAAGUUACCAGACCUGAGUAGUUUGGAAUGCCUGGCCACUCUUGCGGCAAAUGAAACUGCUAUAACACAAAUACCAUCUGUCAAUCUAAGGCCUAAGAGUAAUGGCACUAUCUUUGGCGUUCGGUAUCAUUUUAAAGGACGCAAGUUGAUGCGACUUAAAUCAAGGUAUCCCAUCUACGAUAUCGGAUCACUUGUAGAAUAUCAGAAGGAAGGAACAUAUGAUAGCCUAGAAGCAGCGUGGAUUGAUUUUGACAGCAAAGUAGAAAAUAUUUAGACAUGGCAGGUGUUGUUAUUUCGGCUUUAGAUGACAAUUCGGUGAGUUCUCUCAUUCUUUUCUUUAGAAACAAAUAAAAUAUGUCCGAAAAAUGCUUUAAUAAAAAAGUAUUUCGUUUCACAAAUAAAAAAAUUAAUCAUUGCCUUGCAAUUGCUUUAUUUUUGCUA